ACAUUCAAACCUAUUGAUACAUCAAUUUUAAUAGAUAUUGACAAAUUAUAAAAUUUAUUAAUGUGUAUUUCUAAUUAAAAUAUUUAAAUCUAAGCAUGCUACAAUCUAAAAGGAACCUCGAUGUGUGUUAUAAAAAUAAUUAGUUAAAACGUUACAAAAACCACAACACAAUCUAUUACUACUAUGGCUGAGGCCGCUGUAGAAGAAAUUUCGACAGCUCCCACAAGAUAUUAUUGUCAUGGCUGCAGUAUUGAAUUUGAUCAAAUAAAUCCGGGAUAUACUUGUCCGAAUUGCGAAGGGGGCUUUAUUGAAGAGUUAGUGCCUCCGGUCGAGACCAGUGCUGAGGAAAAUGUGGAAGAGAUCGAUGAAGAUCCUAUGGUUUAUGUAAAUUUUGAUUUUUUGUGUGGUUGAGGUGCUAGAGUAAUAGAU